UCAUCCCCUCGGAGUCCGAGUCACAGACAGCUAUGGGCUCCUCAUUCAGUACCGCUUCCCCGGAGCGCAAGGACUCAGAGGACGAAAUGGUACUGAACGACCUGCAUAUCGAGACUGGAGACCAGAACGCCGUCAAGAAUCUACUAGAUGACACUAUCGUCGGGUUGUUCCAAGGGAAGAAGGAAUUUAAGCUCCACUAUGAAUGGGAUAAUGCUAAGCUACUGCUCAUGGUGCUGGCGACGAUCAUCGCGGCUGUGUCCCACUUUUACAAGCACCCAGCCAUCCCCGAGGACGUGCUAGUCUAUUCCUGCGUCGCUGGGUAAGUGUGAAUGGACUGGGGCUCUACAUACUAUCGUUGUGGCGCUAUCCACAUUCUGGAGUGAGAUAAGCUUAUUAUGACUGGUGGGCAGGUUCUUCUUUAUUCACGCGCU